CUAGCAGAAGCUCGUCUUGCGACUGCUCUCUCGACGUGCCAGUGCGUGCACUUGGGCAGCUCGCUUUCGGUGCGCGGCGGUGCCAAGGUGGGCAAGGCCUUGUCCGUGCUCGACUUCCUCAACUUGGGCUCCUCGAUGUCGGUCCGCGCCUUCGCGCGUCUCGGCAGCAGCGUAAGCGCGAUUGGCGUGAUGGAAUUUGGAUCACUCUACCGGAUGAGCGUGCAUGACCACAC